GCUCUGUUGUGGUGAACCAAUGUCCACGAAAGUGUAGCUUACCGCCGGCUUUACUUGAGACAGAGCCGGCUAUCUCCUUAUGUCCAAGGAACUUCAGUUCCCAUGACUCCGGGGACUUAGCAUAUUACAUAGCCGAGCUGCAAGUCAGAUCCCAGGAAAUCAUCUAAUUCUGUCCGAAGGGGACCCAAUUGAAUCGCGACACAAAGUUUACUUGUCUGUAAACAAUGGGGUUGCAGGGGGUGCAAUAAGAUGCCUAUUUCAGCGGCUGUAGUGACGUAACGCCAGGAGGUCCUAUGGCAUUCACGCUGCAGAGCGGACACAAUGCCAUCUCAGACCUGGGCUAUGGAUGACGCCCAAGAGGAUGCCAACAUCAAGGACAUAGUGUGUGUGUCCUGGAGUGGCACCAGCAGGAGGACUCCGGUUCUCCUGUUCCACGCUGAGGUCCUCGUCACUAAAGAUGGCAGCAUACGCACAGUUGGGGAGCAUUACAACUUGGCCUUUAAGAUUGUCCGAACAGAGAGCAGACUGGUGCGUGGCAUACUCACCAACCACGGCUUCCAUGAGGUCCAUCCUAACAGCAAUGACUUCAACAUCAUGUGGACGGGCUCCCAUCUCAAGCCUUACCUGUUUCGUAGCCUUCAGGGAUUUCAGAAGGUCAACCAUUUCCCAAGGUCCUAUGAGUUGACCCGUAAGGACCGGCUGUACAAGAACAUCCAGCGAAUGCAGCAGGCCCACGGAUACAAGCACUUCCACUUCAUCCCACAGACCUUCAUUCUGCCUUCAGAAUACUCUGACUUCUGCACCUCGUUCUCCAAAGACAAGGAGCCGUGGAUCAUCAAGCCGGUAGCCUCCUCUCGCGGCCGGGGAAUCUACCUUGUCAGCAACCCCAGUCAGAUCUCCAUGGAUGACAACGUCCUGAUAUCCCGUUACAUCAACAACCCACUGCUCAUCGACAAUUUCAAGUUCGACGUGAGGUUGUACGUGCUGGUGACGUCCUAUGACCCUGUCAUCAUCUACCUGUAUGAGGAGGGACUUGCCAGGUUUGCCACAGUGAAGUAUGAGCAGAGCGGGAAACACAUUAAAAACCAGUUCAUGCACCUCACCAACUACAGCGUCAACAAGAAGAGCAGCGACUAUGUCAGCUGUGACGACCCUGACGUUGAGGACUAUGGCAACAAGUGGAGCAUGAGCGCCAUGCUGCGGUAUCUACGGCAACAGGGGAUGGACACUACACUGCUGAUGGGCCAGAUUGAGGACCUGGUGAUAAAGACGCUGCUGAGUGUGGAGCUGCAGAUUGCCACCGCCUGCAAGAUGUUCGUCCCCUUCAAGACCAACUGCUUCGAACUCUAUGGCUUCGAUGUGCUGAUUGACUCGAACCUUAAACCCUGGCUCCUGGAGGUGAACCUCUCCCCAUCUCUAGCUUGUGAUUCUCCCCUGGAUCUGAAGAUCAAGGCCAGUAUGAUUGCAGACAUGUUUUCCCUCAUUGGCGUAGUGUGUCAGGAUCCGCUGAUGCGAUCGCUGCAGUUAAGUCGAGCCGGACACGACCCAAACGCCAAGGGCUCUGCGGAGAGAUUUCAGAGACCCCUGUCUGGAAGCGGCGCCGAGAGGAGGCCCAGGAGGAGACAGGCGGAGGUGGGGGUGGGGGGGGAGCAGGGCACAGCAGUCCUCCACUCCAAGAAGAAGCAGGAGCAGGGCGAGCAUGGCACAGUCGUCCUCUCCACCGAGGAGGUGAAGACGCUGAGGAGGAUACAGGACGAGUAUGAGAGGAGAGGAGGAUUCAUUCGCAUCUUUCCCACUUCGGACACUUGGGAUCUGUACAGCGGUUUUCUGGAGUACAAGACCAAUAUGAACUCGCUGCUUGCCACUAGACUGUUCCCUGAAAGCUCCAGGAGGAGGGGCAGUGCGUCUCUGGGUCGUCUGGGCUGCCAGUCGGUGCACGUGGUCCAGUACGAGAGGAAACUACUCAGCCUGCAGGCCCGAACGCACCGCAAGAGGAGGAGGAGGAACAGGAGGACAGAGCGGGGAUGCAAGGAGGCUGUGAGCAGUGCAGAGGAGGAGGGCGAGGAGGCAGAGGAGGUGUUGUCCAUCGAAGGAGGAGGAGGAGGAGGAGGAGGAGGAGUUGAGAAGAAGAGGGCGACGUCAGCUCCUGCCCCCAGUGCCCCUCAGGAGGAGGAGCAGCAGAGGGACAAGGCCCAUGUGGUGGUGCGGCACUUUGCCCAGAAGGACAUUCGCACCUCCGCCUCCGCACAUGCUUCGGCCUCAUCACAUCAGGCCUCGUCACAUCAGGCCUCGUCACAUCAGGCCUCUGCAGCACAGGCCACCAGGAGACCACGCGUCAACCUGCUCUACGUACUGCAGCAGGGCUGGCAACUCAGUAAAGUGCAGGCUCGCGUCGCCUUCUCCUGUUACCUGCAGCGGGUCCAGAGCAGGCUGCUGUCUGAGAGCAAGCUGAACUCUGCAUCACCAUGGCCCGAGAAGGACAACGAACAAAUGGAGCUGAUCAUCCGUUUCCUGAAGCGAGCCGCCAGUAACCUGCAGGAGGAGAUCCAGAUGGACCUGCCCAGCUCACAGCUCCCCCUUCAGGACAGAUGCCAUAUCCUGUCCCACCAGCUGGCCCAGUUCAUACGCUGCUACGAUAAGGAGACACAGCUGAUGGAGCAGGAGCUGGAGAAGAGUAAAGAUGGCCACUUCAUCAACCCCAGCGUCUUCCAGGACUUCAUCGCCAAGGCCAGUGAGACGGACUUGGAGAAAGUGUUGACCUUCUACACGCUGGACAGCAGGUCUCCGAGUGUGUUUCUGGGGACCAGGGAGCGCAGCUCUAAACCUGAGCAGAGUAAAGCUCCCAACUCUUCAUGCUCUGGCCAGGGAGAGCCGGCUAGAGUCAGCCACCAUGCCAAGUGGUGUGCAAGGCCCGCAGCUGGCAUGAAUAAGCUCCAAGAGAUAAGAGACGACGACGGAAAAGAGAUGGACGUGGCCCGUAUUAAAGAUGCUUACGAGAGUCUCCAAGCCAGCGGGGGCCUUAAAAGGGACACCACCACCAGCAGCGCCACUAAAGUCCAGCCUCAGGUGCUACACGUCACCGCCUCCAGUCACAUGAUGCAGGGUGACACCUCAUCAGGCCAGACCAGACGUGUCAAACCUGGAGACGGAGUUGGAGUUGCAGCAACUGCCACCGCCGUCAGUGCGACAGUGUCAAAGUCGACGCCCCUCUUGAAGAAAGCCAACGAGGCCGAUGCUUCCACAGCCAGCCGUGGCCAACACAAAAUCAUAACAAAGUCUUCCAACUCUGCGGCGGCAACGGCGGCGAACUCGAACUCUGGGCCCAAAGUGGGCCGCUGGUGUGCCGCUCUGCCUCAGAGCGCGGGUCACCUUCCCUACUCCUACCACAAACUGGCAACUAGCACCUACUCUCCGCUCAUUCCCCUCAGCAACACCGUGAUUGGCCCUCCUGUUUAUAACAUGGCCACCAUAGCCAAUAGGAGCGCUGCACAGACGGUCACAUGCUCCACGUUAACCAAUAGCAGUGCAGUGCUGCAGCCGCCACCACCACAGGGUACGGGUGCUGCUACGGGGUCUUCAUCAGUCACUGAAGUCACCAGCAAGACAUCAUCUUCAUCCCUGCCUACUCCCCUCUCCACUAUACCGCUAUAUGGGAAGACAACAUCUUACCCCACACCCCCAGAGAGACCAAAGAGCUCGACUGCGCCCAGACAUGGUCCUGGAGUGGCCCUGAAGGACGCGGUUCUGUCCCGGUAUGAUCAGAAAGUCAUCACGUCGGCCUUACAGAACCUCAUCGAGAAGCAGGCCGCACGCCACAGCGGCCCCUCCGCAUCCAUAUCCAUGCUGACUCAGAAGAUGGCCAACUUCAAUCUGGCCAAUGCGAUUCCAAAGAAGGAUAGUGUUGACCCCAGCCAAAGUCUUCCAAAGGCACUCAGUCUUCACAAGUGGCCAAUGAGGAGCCUUUACUCUGACAGCAACCUCACUCAGACUCACAGUGCGAGGAGCGCUCAGGACCAUACGAGUCGAGUGGGAGGUCCUGGUCACAGUGAGGUGGGUGUGGGUGUAGGUGUGGGUGGUGUUAAAAGCCCCGCGGGGAGCGCUCUGCUGCCCCGAGAUGCGUCUCCCGCCCCCAGCUACCAGCUCCACUUCGCCAUCCAGCAGCUGCAGCAGCAGAGACGCAGACCAGGACAGUUCCUCACGCAGAGCCACAACCGACACCAGGUGCGUACGCAAGAUGGAAACCAAUAA